AGCCCCGCGAACGGAACGCGUACGGAAGAAAACGAUCGCGAGAUCGAUGUGGCUACAAUAUUUACGGACCACAAUAGCCAAUUGCCGGGAGGAAAACAAAAGCACAAGCAAUUGGAGCUCCAGACGGAGGAAAGCAAACAUAUUGCGAAAUUCGCAAAUUCCAGUGGCAAAGAGCGAAUUGUGUGUGGCAUUCAGUAACCGGAGAAGCAGACCCGGAGUUCUAACUGAAACACAAAAAAAAAAAAAAUACGCCCUAUCAGCAGAGCACCAGCGAUUAUGAAGCCAUCAUCGUGUCAGUUGUCCAUCCGCUCUUAGCCACAGUGAGUGUGUUUGCGCCUAUUUUGAUUCCACUGCUCGGCCAGCUCGGUAAACAAAUUGUCUAUUAAACAAUCAACUUUUCACCUAAUAAAUGAUAUCGUAUAAAUCAAUUGAGUCGAUGCCAAUCAAGUGGGGCAACACAGAUAAAUCUCCAUCACAAUGGGCAGAGAUCGCAGAUCUUGGAAGGCGAACGAAAUGCAUAAACAAACGUCCCUCGCAUCAAAAGUGUUUUAUGAGUUUUGUGUUUCGUGGUCGGGGAGAGUGAUCGAGAAAUGAUUUGUUCGUGACAUUCUACUUAAAUAAAUUUAUUUAUUAUAUUAGAAUGCAUACAGAAUAUUUAAAUGGCAAAGACAAAGGCUACAUGUAUUGCCAACAUAAAAAAACAAUCAAAACAAAAGCUAAAUGAAUUCAAAGAUCAUUUCAUUCUAUAUUACCUCCAAUCAAGUUGUAUUUAAAAGUGUAUUUCUGAUAUUUUAUAUCCCCAAUGGAAAUCAUAAAUAUUCUCCAGCAGCAUACCGUUCAAAAUGGAACAUUAAUUUUUGAAAACGUUUCAUACGCUCUCAACCGUUCUACGCGCUUCUCAAUCUAUCGAGUGCCACCGAAAGUUCUUUGGUAGCCGCCAUUCAAUUGAUAAACGGGCAUUAUCGCUGCGGCAAUGAUUUAUUGUUGCAUAAAUGGCACUCACUAUUUAUUAAUAAAUGAGAGGCGAAAUUCUGAUAAUUUAUAUAUAUGAACAGUGUUCACCAAGGAUUUGUGCCCCAGUGCUUGUGUUUGUGAGCCAAUGUAGAGCACCCGUUCGCUUCAAAUGGCCAAGUAAAUAAACAAAAGUGGAUUUUUACACUCAUCACCGACAGCGCACAAUAAAAUGUGUGAAAAAUGUGCUAGAGCGAGUGGAAAUGCAACCGCGUAGACCAAAUAAAUAAAUAAAUAAAUACAAACUUGGAGGAGAGCCUCGGAUGUUUGCUAAGAAAUUAAAUGAAAAUCGAUCAUUUGGGAAAUAAACGAAUGGCCAGUCAGUGGAAUUCAAAUAAAUAAAUGCCAGGCCAUUGUGUGUGCCCCAAAGUAACUAAUCAAAGUGUUCGACAGGUUCCUUAAGCGAUAAUAAGUGGAAGACAAUGUCGCGGAUAUGCUAAAUGGAAAUGGAUACGAUGAUUUGUGAUCUGUGGUCUCGCCACAUCUGGCUAUUGAUUCUCAUUUGUUUCUGCGGCUUUGAAGAAUCCAGUGGUUUUUUUGUGGACUAUACAGAGAACACGGAGCUAAUUCAACAGAGAGCCGGGUUUGAUGUCAAACUGCAGUGCAAUCUCAAGGGUCUCGUGGACGAGCGAAUGUUGGAUGACAUCAAGAUACAUUGGUACUUCAAGCAAUGCAGUGAGAAUAAUUGCCAUCAUCUGGAGUCUGUGGACGAAUGGACUGCUUUGCCCUGUGAGCCGAGUCUUUGCCGUCCGGAACUGUGGCUCCGAAAUGUGACGGAGCGGUAUUCGGGACUCUACAAGUGCAGCAUUAAUCCUCCCUUUUGGGAUAAAUCUCAAGCUGUGGAUGUUCAACUGGUUCGCACCUAUCAGCUGGAUGUUAAGAACACCUCCUUGGCUGCUCCCGAGUUCGUGGACUCGUAUCCCAACAACAAGACCACGUUGGUGGGCAGUCGGGUGGUGUUCCAAUGCCGGGUUCACAGCGAGGAGCAUCCCACAAUCAAGUGGUUCCGUCGGCACACCUACGUGGGCACCCAGUCAGCUGGAGAGGCAUCCUCCUCGUCAUCGACGGCCUCCAAUUUCAGCACACAUAUAGUCCGCUACAAUGGCCGGACCUAUGAGCUGCUGUCCACUGAUCCCGAAAAGUUGAUGGCACCACAGAUAUAUCUCAGCAAGUUGAUUCUGGAUGGGGUGAGACUCAGAGAUGCCGGUCACUACGCCUGCGUGGCCAUCAGCUAUCGGGGUCACAAGAUCCGUGAGGCAUUCCUCGAAGUGCUGCCCGUACAGGAUGAUCCGGAUCAGGAGAAGGAGUACUGGUCGGACUACGAUAGCGGUGGUGAGGAGGGUGUUCCAACUAGCGAUCCCCGGGAGUUCCUGUUGCUCUUUCUGAUGCCACUGGGACUGGCAUUGCUCCCCUUAACCGUGUGGUUCAGUUAUGUGUUGUACAAACGCUGCUCCGAGGGUCACGGCGAUUGCCAGCGGAUGAAUUCGGAUGAGGAGUUGGAUACGGAAAGGUGUGUCCUAGGAGGAAAUUAA